AUGGUUUAUUUCAACAAAAAACCCCACCUUGAGGUGACCCAGGUGGCCGACGUGGAACUGGAGCCCGAUGUACAACUGGAGGGUGACUUUCCUAGUGCAACGAGCUACCGGACCCCUUAUUAUCAUCGAACGAGCGGAGCCGCUGAACUAGCCGUAUUUGAGUUUCAGCCUGCAAUAUCCCUCUGCCUCUUUAUUUUGCUUUUGCACCCGCUGGCCGCGUUGCAUUUACAGGGGAGCUGGAAACCCUCCCAGCGCUAUAGGUUUUUGACAAAGUUUGGAUUUCAACGGACUCAAGUUGACGAGUUAGAAGCUACCAGAGGAUACGUUUAUGGUUCAGUCAAGCUGAGCGAAGAACAAGCAGGCGCAAAUGUGUCCAACCUAGCCACGCUUGUCCUCGUUGACAGCGAGUUCAUUCUCGAUCUCUAUGGGAAUGCAACGGAACCGGUAUGGCUUCAAAACACCUCGGGGAUUACUCGUGAUCAGUUGGCGUGGAUGGUAGAGAAUGAGCGAUGUAGAAGGAUGUUCUCGAAAAUCGAUGCGAUCGCUUGGCAUAAGACAUGCGCCCCGAAUGGCCAACUGGACUUGAUUCGCGCAGUUCCUUGUUCAGCGGGCAAGUUUUGUGCCGAAGAGGACAAUUCAGCACGUGUAAUCACUAAUUCACAAUUCACUUACACGGUUCAAGACCUGCGACAGCCACGGUAUUGGUACCUCAUGCUAGUGGCUUGUUCACGCAAUCCACAAACAUGCCAGUGGGUGACGACUGCGUUACCUAAUCCAGACACUCCGUCCAGCUCCAUCAUUUCCACCGCCUCACUUGACUAUAGCAUAUGGUUAGUGAAUGGAGCCCCACGUCUACAAGGUUUCAACAAAUUUGAGCAUCAGUUCUCAUUCGAAAAACACGAUUCUGUUGAGAUUUAUUUGGUCUUCUUUGUGCUGUAUGCAAUCCUGGGAACUAUUGUCCAUGUCAAAAUGUUCAGACAGAGCGUAAUCCACGGAGCACUGUUCCUUACUCACGUUUGGCUAUCGAUUUUUGCCACCCUUUUCACAACCAUCCACUUGGGAGUGUUUUCUUUUGAUGGACAAGGUUUAGGUCACCUGUCAACUUUCGGUACUUUAAUCGCACAAUGGGCGGAUGCUUUGUUCCUAGUCUUGCUACUUUCUACGGCUGAAAUGGGAUUCUUUCCUACCGUUACUCAACGUAAUCGUCAUACUGUCGAGUUCGACACAUUCGUUGGGCCGGGAGGCAGCCCAUCGAAGGGUGCACAUGGUUAUGUCUAUCAUCGUCUCCCGGAAUACACACAGGCCGGCAUCGAAAGCAAGAACGUCAGAACGAAUCCCAUGCAGAACGAGCAGUCCUACACAUCUCCUUGGCCGUUCAUCUUUCUCAUGGUUGCUCUGUUCGAAUCCGUACAAACAAUUCUCUACAUUUGGGCUUCUAUUGAUCAGAAUCCGGUAAUCGAUUUCUACAUUUGGAAUACUGUGCCCGGCUGCCUACUUCUCGCGGUUCGCUUUGGCGUAUCCUUUUGGUUUUUGGCAAUACUGCGACGGCGUUUGCUCCAAGUGGAGGUUCAACCGAACGGGGAGGAAGUGGCAGGCGCAAGCUCGUUUGGUUUGGGGAUUGACCUUGUCCACUUUGCAGCCGGAUUUCUGCUGUGGAUGGUUGUACUGCCACUGGUUGUAUUUAUUGCGGAAACUAGCGUGUCACCUUUGUGGCGUAGCAAAACAAUCCUGAGCGUUUGUCUAUCUGCCAACUAUGUGGCUGCGUGCGUGUACGCUUACUUGCUGAUCACUUGUAGAAAAAAUCGUUCAGUUGUAGCACCCUUUCGGCGCCAAACUGCCAUGCCACGCUUAGGAGACACGAGGGCUGGGAUACUGUCAGGUUACCCAAGCCUAGACAGGGGGAGGCGAGAGGCGGAGGUCGGAUUCGAACCACGGACCUUUCGGUCAGUAAAUUCGUGCUCUAACCACUUCGGCCAUCUCGCACCCAGUUUACUACCGAGGGAGAAUAUUGUUUGGCCAGAACGGAAGUUGCAGUCGCGCUGCUACGGCAUUGGUCUUGGGCCCAUCCUUUCGCCGUUUGAUCCACGAAUCCUCUUACCCGGUUCACUGUUGACCGUUUGUUGA